AAUUUCGGUGUUACCAACCGAAUUAUUUUGUAGACGUCUGAUUUGAAAAAUGGCUGCCGUAGUUGACAGCUCACAAGUAUCAGAAAAUUUUGAAAAACUCGCCUUAGAAUCGACUAAUAACCCGAAAGAAAACGGGAAAAUUUGCGAAAAUGAUCCUUCUAAGUUCGGGUUACCUUUAUUGGACGUUUACAAACUCGCUGUUGGAUUUUAUAGAGAAAAAGAAGGAAAAGCAGUACAUUUUAGUUACGAAGAUAAACUCCAAUUAGUAGCGUUUACUCAACAAGUUUUACAUGGACCUUACUCCGAGGCGAUAGAAAAGCUUCCCCCAUUGGGUGCUUUUGAUGUUGUUGGAAAAGAUAGACGCCUUGCCUGGCAAAAAUUGGGUAAUUUAAACCCCGACGAAGCCAGGGCGGGGUUUGUAGAAUUACUCAGUAGAAAAUGUCCGCUAUUUUCGACAUUUAUCGAAGCUCAUCGACGCGAAAAAAAGGAACAAGAAAGGUUGGCCAUUGAAAAUGAAAAAAUGAAUCUCCUUCAAAAGGAGGAGGUUCGGAAAAAAGAGGAAGAAGAGAAAUUGGUACAAGAAAGGCUUGAAAAAGAGGAAGCAAUUAAAAGACAAAUUCAACAAGCGUUAAACGAGCAAACUUAUGACCAAUUUCGAAGGUAUGCAGAGCAACAUUAUCCUGGGGAUCCCGAAAAACAAGGGGCUUUAGUUAGACAGUUACAAGAGCAACAUUACAUUCAAUAUAUGCAACAACUACAACAAGUUCAAGCUGAAGAUUGCGUUAAAAAAGAAGAAAACAGAGUUGGAAUUGAGGAAAAUGUUGAAUUAUGUAUAAAUAAAACUGAAGAUGUAGAAGAAGAUGAAGAGAUUAAUGAAGAUGGUCAAAAUGAGUUAGUACCAGCAAGUAUGUGGACGAGAUCUAACAUUGAAGAAUUUAAAAAAGAUGUAGCUCAAGCAGAAGGUGAUAAUGUGGUUCGAGUUGCUCAUGGUGAAACUGUUACGGUUAGAGUUCCUACACACGAAUCUGGUACAAGAUUAUUUUGGGAAUUUGCAACUGACCAUUAUGAUAUAGGUUUUGGAGUUUAUUUUGAAUAUGGGACACCAACAACAAAUUUAGUUUCUGUGCACAUCUCAGAAAGUGAAGAUGAAGACAGAGAAGAUUUAGAAGAUGAAUAUGAUGAUGAAACAAUAGAAGCUGAAGAUUUAGAAUCUGGUUCUUUGACGGUAGGGGCAAGUGGUGGUAUUUCAAGACCAUUAUUAUCAGAAAUAGUGCCAGUAUAUAGAAGAGACUGUCAAAAUGAGGUUUACGCAGGAUCACAUCACUACCCUGGAAAAGGGGUUUAUCUUUUAAAGUUUGAUAAUUCAUAUUCAUUGUGGAGAUCGAAAACCUUGUAUUACAGGGUUUAUUAUACACAGUGAAUGUUAUUGGGGAAAUUCUAAAAAGGAAAAAUUAUGUAGUUAUUUCAAUUUUUUGCUACUUUUCUACGUUGAUUGUCGAAAGUUCUAGUCGAUUAAGACUUUUUAAAAGGUUAAAAUUAUUAAGUUAUUUCAAAAUUUUUUUCUCUAUUUUGUGUGGUACAAAGAAAAAUGAAAUUUAAUGUUUGGUAGCGUUUAUAGUAAGAAAUAAGUGUGAAUUGAAUUUUUAGUGUGUCCCCAUUGUGUUUUCUUGUAUAAUUUUAUUUUAUUUUUGAGUAUUAUAAAUACGAAAAAAAAACUGUGGUACUAAAAGUAAGUUAAAAAGAAUGUUUGUGCAAUUUUUAUGUUAUAAUUGCGUUUAAUAAAGAUAUGUAUAUCUAUUCCAUAUGAAUCAAAAUAAAGUUUUUAAUAUGA